CGCACAGUGAAUGAGGAGAGGUGGGAACUGACUUCUAGUUCUCUCCUAUAAAACUAGAGUCCUUUGAUGAUCCUCCACAGAUUCAAGAUCAGGAGUGUUGGAUAAUUCUACUGCAAAAAGUGAGUUGAGAGAUGAGUACCUCACAUAUAUUAGCUAUACCUUAUCCAGCACAAGGUCAUGUAAUGCCCAUGAUGGAGCUUGCACAAAAAAUUGCAAAACAAGGCCUCAAAGUUACAUUUGUGAAUACUGACUUCGUUCACAACCAGGUUACGAAUGCCUUGUCAAAGAAUGAUGAUUUUGGAGACGGGAUACAUCUGGUUACAAUCCCUGAUGGAUUGGAAUCAUGGGAGGACAGGAAAGACCUUGCAAAGUUAACGACAGCAAUGCACAGAGUCAUGCCAGGAAAGCUGAAGGAGUUGAUUAUGAAUAUUAAUGGAGCAGAGGAUGAUGACAAAAUUACGUGUGUUAUUGCUGAUGUGACCGUUGGAUGGGCACUCGAAAUUGCAGAUAAGCUCAACAUAAUGCCAGUAGCCUUCUGGCCUGCAGCGGCUGCACAGUUGGCCGUGCUUUUUAGUCUUCCGAAGUUGAUUGAAAAAGGAAUCGUGCAAAAUGAUGGCAACAUCACAGAGAAGCAGAUCAUCCAUCUGUCACCAACAAUGCCUCCCAUGAGCACUGAAACAUUUACAUGGGCCUGUUUCAGCGACUUGGCAACAGGGAAAAUUUGCUUUGAGAUUUGGCUUACUGGCAACAGAUAUAUGAAUCUCGCAAAAUGGAUAUUGUGCAAUUCUGCCUAUGAGCUGGAAUCAGCAGCAUUUACAUCAUUUCCGGAGAUGUUGCCAAUAGGUCCACUUUCAGCAAGCAACAAGCUUGGAGACAAGCAAGGCAGCUUUUGGACAGAAGACUCAGCCUGUCUGUCGUGGCUUGAUCAACAGCCUGCAUCCUCGGUCAUCUACAUUGCGCAUGGGAGCUUCACUAUUUUUGAUCAAAUACAAUUCCAGGAAUUGGCUCUAGGCCUCGAGCUAACUAACAGGCCAUUCUUGUGGGUUGUGCGUCCGGAUAUGACUGAUGAAACCUUAGACAUUUACCCAAAAGGAUUUAAAGAACGAAUAGGCAGCCGUGGGAAAUUUGUGAGCUGGGCACCUCAAGUGAAAGUUCUUCGGCAUCCUUCAGUUGCUUGCUUCUUAAGUCAUUGCGGAUGGAAUUCUACCAUUGAAGGUGUAAGUAAUGGAAUGCCUUUCUUGUGCUGGCCUUACUUCGCAGAUCAGCUCUUCAAUCAGACAUAUAUAUGUGAUGUUUUGAAGGUCGGGUUGAGAUGUGACAAAAAUGAAAAUGGGAUCAUCACUAAAUGUGAAAUUAAGAACAAGCUAGAGCGACUACUCGGUGACAACAACUUUAAAGCAACAGCCAUGAAUCUGAAAGAAAAAGUUGUGAAUAGUGUUUCAAGGGAUGGCUGCUCUACCAAGAAUUUGAUUAAUUUUAUCAAAUCAUUGUAAAGAGUUGCCAACAGCCUUGUAAUUUCUCUGGAACAUUUGAAAAAAGGUCCUUUUCCCUGACAAGUGAUUGUAACUUGUCAGGGAACAGUUAUUUAACAAACUACUUCACAGCUGGAUCGACGAUCAUUAAAAUCAUUGCUUAUGAAUUAUACUAUAAUUUAUAAAAAUAAUUAUUUUACC